CCACACUCCAAGUGCUUUCCCACCUCGACUCUCCUUGACAUCAGCUUCUCACCGAGCAAGGAAUCGCCAAAUUUCCACUCAAGAUGUUCUCCCGUGUUGCCCUCCGCGCGGCUCCCCGCCAACAGCCCUUCAGCCUCGUUGCUCGCCGCACCUUCCAGACCACCCGCGCCCAGCUCUCGUCGCCCUACCACUACCCCGAGGGUCCCCGCUCCAACCUUCCCUUCAACCCCAAGACCCGCUUCUUCUGGUUCCGUUACCUGAUGUACUGCGUCGUCGGCUUCGGCUCCCCUGUUGCCAUUGCCGUCUGGCAGACCUACCGCCCCCGCUCUUAAACGGCUCGCUACUAGCUGUUAUGCGGGUGCCGAUAUGAUUGGGAAGUUUGAGCGGGCGAUGAGGUUGAUGCGUGCGUAAUAAGGGGGACAAUGCCGAGAGGGGGGAAACGCAAAGAAUUGACCGGCACGAAUAUAGUCGCAGGUAGUCCGGACUGUCCGGGCGCUCUUCUGUAUAUGAUACGACACGGAUAGAAACCACCAUCAUCAUCAUCAUCAUCAUCAUCGA